AUGAUGAAGUGGCUGCUUUUGGCUGUUUUCUGCAUUGCUGCCUACGCAUGGGCCGAUGGGGUAACCUGAAAAUUCCGAAUCAAUCAUACAGUUUUGCUAAUUUCAGUCUGAAGACGCGAAUAUCGACCAACUGAUGUCGCGAGUCUACCGAACCGUGCUGCUCAAGUCCAAGAGAAGCCGUAAUACCUGUUUCCCAAGUAAUGGAAUUUAUAAUUCUAAAUUUUCAGCAUCCAUGGGACUCUCUCUGGCCGAGUACAUGGCUUCCCCACAGGGCGGAGACAACUUCCACUUCAUGCCGUCCGGCCGGAAGUAAACCGAGAACACACUGAUGACUUUCUUUUGUAAUACCAUGAAUCCCCCCUCAUUGUGGCCCUGACUGUAACUAAUGAAAUGCACACACACAAUCUCUCUCUCUCUCUCUCUGUUUCUCUCUCUCUCUCGCUCUUUGUGUCUCUCACCUUUUUCAUCCUCUCUCUCUGUCUCUCUGUCUGUCGCUGACUCGUGUCGUUCUAGAACCAUCUGCAAAUUUGUUCCUGAAAACAAUAAGAUCAUCCAUCCCCCCUCCCCCACCCCCCAAAGACGCUGCUCCUCAAUUUGUGUACGUUACUUGAUAUUCGUCAGUUUUUUUCUCGAUACCUAGUCUUCAUUUCCCCAUUCUUCCCCCAACAAGUUGAAAAAUCCAUUGACCCAAUAAAUGUUUGCAUCGUUACGUUCGCAAGCUCGUUUUGGGAAAAAAAGCAAAUUAGAGCCCUCAAAUUGAGAAAAUUGAACGACUUGAAUAAUGGGUUUUCAGAAACCCUUUUUGUGUAGUUUCAGAGGCUGAAUACCGGGGCGGACUUAUGAUAAUUCAUGAGUCACAACUCACGUCAGUUUAAGUUGUGUAAUAUUUCAUUAACAAACAUGUCGUUAUCAUAUCAAAAGUUACGGUUAAUCAAGUGAGCACAGAUUGGUCUGAAGAUGAAACGGACGUAGCGGAGUGAUGAUCAGAAAAUCGGAGAAGUUCAGUUCCAUUGCAAGCGAUUACGGUUGUAGUUAAUCUCACGGAUACGGGAUAGUCUAUCGCGGAUCAAGCGAGCGUUGGUAGUGAACAGGUUCGACAGGUCACGGCUCCAGAUCAAGGUCUCACGGCAGAAUCGCUGAAGAAUUAUUUGGUUUGAUCGGUGAGCUCAAGUGCAAAUCAACCAUGAGAUCCACGACAUUGUUCUCCAUGUCCAAGUAGAACUCCCUGAACCACUUCCGUCUGGCAGCGACGAGGCGUCUUGACAAGGUGAUUUUGUAGUCAACAGUCAGCUGAAAACGUGUACACUUCUAAAAGGUUAACACAAUGUUGCAACAAACAUGUGAGCUUUGCAGUUGGUCCAUCAUUGCAUCGAGCAUACACGCGGCUUGUCGGCGGUCGUACUGAGCGUUUAGUAUUGAAAUGAGAAAAUCUACACAUUUCAUUCUCACAUACCGCAAUCUGGUUAAACAGGGAGAGUUUCAGUUCUGUUUCCUGGUGACUAGAUAAAAAAUCCAUCUGAAAAUUUUUAAUAAAUGCGACUUUUGUAUGUAAAGAAAAAAUGAUAGUAGGAAAUGAUAUGUGACAACAAGAUCAGUGAUUGAGGAGAUCCAUUGAUUUCCGUUUCGUUGGGCACAGCUAUCACUGCUCUUAUUAGCAUAAAACGUGAAAAGACAUGGGCGGAAUGUUAAUCCGAGUGCUUGCUCACUUUUUAUGUGGGCGGCAGGUGAAUGGGUAUUAUGUGAGACAAUUUGAGCGAAAUUCAAGCAGAGAAGUCUCAGACCUUGCUAUAAAAACAGGUGAAACAGAAAGCGCACGUGAGUAUGCAUGACUAGAUACGCAUAAUCUGAAAUUAAUUAUGUGGUAUUCUUGAGAAACAAAACGUUUGGAAACUAAUGUAUGUGUGGGCGUUCCAGAGCUUUGACUAAUGUAAGACAGAAAAGAGAAUAGGACGGGGGGGGGGGCAAAAAGAAGAGAGAAGAACGGCCUAAUACUACCGAGGCUUAAUUUGGAAAAGAACGAGUCGAAUGCUGCUCAAUGCAUUCACAUUUCUUGCUGCUCAAAAUGAGAAGAAACGUUUCUGCUCUUGUUUGCCUCUUUCUGUUCUUCCCUCACUUAUUCUCUCCAAUUGCCGCUUCUUGGCAAAACAGCUGAAGAGAAGAACUGGAAGGCCGUGACGGAUUAUGAGUGAGACACCCGUUUUCACAUGCACGCCCGGACCCUCUGGCGAGUCGAAUAGUCAUCGCCCGCCAAGCAACCAAGUUUAUUUUCUCUCGUCAGCGAAACAUUUUCAUGCAUCAAUAAUUGGCUGAAAGUUCGUACUGAGCUAUGAAGUAUUCAUAAACUCAAGCUUAUUAAGUUUAAAAAAGUGGUCGACAUGGGAAGUAAACAGGGAAUGGAAGAGAAGGAUCUAGAAAAAAGCAAUGUCAACUACGGAUUACGAACUACGAACUACGGAAAGGAAAUUUUGCAGAACAGAGCUAAUCCACUAACUUUCGAUACUUUCAAGGUGUUAUGAGGGCAACAUUUGAGCCAAUAAAUUACACUGAAGAACCCCUGAAGACGUAGCGUAGUGUUGAAUUGGCUUUGACAAAGUCGUGACAGAGCACUCAUCCCACUACCUGGUCCAGAAAUUGCCACUUUCUAUACACCAUGGUACCGCUGGUCCCCCGUAGUACCGUCCAUUUCUUCUUGAUACCGCUGAUUCCACCAAAGUACCGCUCGUCCAGGAUAGAGCCAAAUGUUCACCGAUGCUUUGCACUACACACCUGGACAUAAUUAUAAAGGCGCCCCAAAAAACCGAUGUCGAACAGGGUUUCAAACGGGACUAGAGGGGAUUGAAAGGUCCCAUAAAGGGUACAAACAUUCCAAAGGGCUUAUCUCCAUUUCUCGUUUUAGCCGAGAUACUGUCAAAAAGGUGCAAAAACGGUACCGUUUUAAAAAAAAAUUGUAUCACUGUCAAAUUUUGAGUAAAACAGGCGGUAAAAAAACGAAAAUGUAGCUAAUGGAAUGUUUAAUGCUGAUGUGCAAUACAUGUUUUAUGGAUGUACUAUAGUACCAUAGCACGUCUGCCCUAUUUGAAAUUUUUGAGAUCCCGCCUCCUCCACCUUUGGGAUCGUCGCCUAAAGGGCGUGAUGGCAGUGAAGCACGGUUUGGGAGUGGCCGAGUGGGCGUGAUUUCACUGUCACUAUAUAAAACGAGAACAACGCCAAACCAUCUCUCUCUUCCUCCUUCCGACGUUAUUGCUAUGCAAGAAGUCAAACUCUUCACCAAAUCUCUCUCUUCCUCUCUUCAUACUUUGUUGACUAACUUUCUUGUACAUUUUUUUGUUAAUUGGGUAUGUUCCACUUUUAAAGCCCAUUCCAUCAGCUACAUUUUCGUUUUUUUACCGAGUGUUUUACUCGAAAUUUCACAGAGAUACGAUUUUUUGUAAAAAGGUACCAUUUUUGCACAUUUUCCAUUCUUUCUCGGAAGACACACAAAAAAUUUUUCGGCGUCCGACUCGUCUUUUUCCAAAUGCUCUUAUUGAUCUAAAACCAAUAAAGGCCCCAAUUUUCCCUUAAAAACUCUCCAAGUAGGUAGUGGUCCUUCGACGAAGGUUCUUGCCACCGGUGCACCCCAGGCUCGCCGACUUUCAGAUAUUUUGCAGGUUUCCCACAAGCAGAAAGAACUUCAGAUCAUUUUUUUCGAGAAUCAGCAUUAUUACAUAUUUAGAUAUUGUUCGCGAUGUAAACAAUCGUAUUUCUUACAUUUAUUCAGGAAUGUCGUUUUACGUUAUUUCAAUUAGGUUGUUCGGAAAGUGCUAGUCAUUUUUGGGUUCAGAAAAAUGUAUUGUGAAACAAGUCAAAGAGUUUGGUCUUUCUGGCAAUGGCGACGAGCGUUAUCAUUUCCUUUUUGUGUAUUUCAUGUUUUCGCACGUCAGCUGGCUCGAGCGAGUCCGUUUCGACCUACCGCCCGCCAAACCGCACACUCUUUUUGUCUGCGUCUCUCGGCCGGCGGUCCCCCUCGCCGAUCUCGAUCGAUUCACUUCAUAUUUCCCCGUUGCCGGUCCGACGCAUAUUCCAACGGAACCAUCACUAGGGGCUGCACUGGCGAAGGGAUAGAAAGGAUCAAGAAAGAUGAUAAGGUGAGUUGAGAAAGAAUUUCAAGACGCAAACUGACAUAUUUCCAGGUUUCGAUCACGGAUACGUCGCUGAUUAUAUUUAUUAUUAUUAGACGCAACAAAGAGAAGACUGGAGACUCGGAUACAACGAAGUCAGGUGCGUAAUUCAACUAGUUCUCGCUCGAACUAUUUUGUUCACCAAAUUGAGUGAUUUCGAGUUCCGAGCUUCCACAAUCAAUGUGUGUUUUCAUUUCAAUAAUUACUAGAGACGUUUUUGGACGAAACACCCUUUAUUACAGAGAGAGUCUACUCCCGUAUGCAUAUUCCGACAAAAACUAUAAAUUUUUUCUAUUCGGAGGACACUUAUCGGACGAUGUUAGCAGAUGUCGGUUAUUAUGAUCUUAUUGAUGAGGCUACCAGGUACACGUUUUGAUUCUACUUUUCUUCUGACUCUCCAAGAAACCCCGGGAACCGGUAAUCCUGCUUUUCAGAGUUUACCAUUAG